CUCGCUUUCGCCACCACCUUUUUCUCGUGUUUCUCCGCUCACCACACUAACCAAUUUCUUCACCUCUAUUUUCAACAAUAUAACUCCCAACAAUUUCACACAUCAAUAAAAACAUUCAUCGCCACUUUGAUGCAAUAACACUCUCACACAAUCUCCAUUCCCCAAUUCCCACCUCUACAUUUCUCUCAUAUGGCGCCGGCGGCCGGCGUAGUGCUACAAGGCGACCGGGCUCCGUCGAAGCCCAUCGUGCUCCCGCAGCUCCUCUCUGCGGCAGUUCCGGAGGUCUUCGCCAAGGACGCCAUCAUCGCCUGGUUCCGCGGUGAGUUCGCGGCGGCCAACGCCAUCAUCGACGCCCUCUGCACCCACCUGCAGGAGCUCGAGGCCAUCGCCGGAGUGGCCGAUUACGGAUCUGUCUACGCCGCGAUUCAUCACAGGCGCCUCAAUUGGGUCCCGAUCCUUCAGAUGCAGAAGUACUACCCCAUUGUUGAUGUGGUCGCCGAGCUCGAGAAAGUCGCCGAGAAGAAGCGGGACCCUGUGGUUGCGGUAAAGGAGGAGUGCGUGGACGGUAGUGAUAAUGACGCCGGAGAAACGGUGGCUGAAGACGGCGGCUCCACGGUGGUCGAUUCGCCGGAAAGUGAUUACACUGAUUCAGGAUCCCAGGAACUGCAGAUAUUAUGUUCUAACCACGACGAAUGUGAGGCGCGCCAAGCCCAGAUCAAGAUGACGAAAGGGUUUGUGGCGAAAGAGCCAGUAAAGGGGCAAAUGGUGAAUGUUGUUAGAGGCCUCAAGUUGUACCAAGACAUAUUCACUGGUGCUGAGCUCUCAAAGUUGAGUGACUUUGUCAAUGAACUCCGUUUGGCUGGUAGGGAUGGUGAACUCUCGGGAGACACCUACAUUUUAUACAAUCAGCAUGUGAAAGGGAACAAGAGAGAGCUGAUCCAGCUUGGGGUUCCCAUUUUUGGGCAGAUAAAAGAAGAUGCUACUGAUAAAUUUCAAAAGAGCUACAUUCAGCCGAUUCCAGCUCUUAUCCAGGAUGUGAUCGAUCACUUGAUUCAGUGGCAUCUGAUUCCAGAGAACAGGAAACCCAAUAGCUGCAUCAUAAACUUCUUUGACGAGGGAGAGUAUUCUCACCCUUUCCUGAAACCGCCUCACUUGGACCAGCCCCUCUCCAUCUUGCUGCUCUCAAAGUCAACAAUGGCAUUUGGCCGAACACUCUUCAGUGAUAGUGAAGGAAACUACAAAGGACCCCUCACCCUCUCUCUCAAGGAAGGGUCUCUUUUAGUGAUGAGAAGAAGUAGUUCAGACACAGCUAGGCAUGCUAUGUGCUCCUCUCAAAAUAGAAGGGUGAGCAUUUCUUUCUUCAGGGUGAGGAGUCUCAGACGGGCCGAGGCAGAGAGUAGUUUCGAAUCCAUGAACAUAUGGCAACAAGGGCUCACAGCUCCAUACACAACGCAAGAUAGCUACGAGACUUUUGAUGGAAUCCCCAAAUGUGGCUUUCUGCAGUCUCCUGUUGUGAUGCUCGCCCCAUUGAGCCCAAUGGCUAUCAGCCCUGGAGGUACCCCACGUGGUGGCACCGGGGUUUUCCUUCCAUGGAGUGUCGGGUUGCCCAAACCUGCAAAGCACCUCCCACCGCGCGCACAGAGACAGCGGUUUCUUCCUCUCCCUUCCACUCUAGAUACACAGAGUUGAGGAUUGGUGCAGUGAGUUUUGUAUGCGCUAGAGAUUUUUAAGUUGAAUUUUGCUAUUGCUUAUAUACUUUAAAGAAGCAAUUUUUCCAGCUGGAAAUGAGUUGGGGCUUCGUUAUGUUUUACUCCACUUCUAUUCAAAUAGGUUUAGAAUUAGAAAUUUUGAAUUUCCCACAGUUGGAAGUUGAAGUUUAGAAUAGGCAAGAGAGAGUUCAGUGUUGUAUCAACUUGUUUAUCUUCAGGUUGAAUCUUAUUUUGAGAUUUCGAAAGUUAUCCCUUUUUGUCAGCAA